UUGGAUAGACUUGCGAGUGAAGAAGUGACAUAAGCACAAUGAGUAAAUGGAAGGGAUCUUGUGACAGAUGUCAGCAAGCUCGAUGAGCUCCUUGUUGCCUUUUGACGACACUGUCCAACUCGCCGAAUUGCAAUCUGAUCCGUUUGCAGAUACGACAGCCAUGGGAGACCGAGAGCAAAUUCUACCGCAGGAUGAGGUGGAUGGGGGCAUUGUGGCGCCAGUUUCCGCGGAAGCAGACGGUAUCUCGAGACGAAGAGGCUACCUGACUGUGGCAAUCCUCCUCAUGAUCAAUCUUCUUAACUACAUGGACAGAUUUACCGUUGCAGGUGUACUAGACCAGAUACAGACAGCGUAUGAUGUGAACAAAGUAGAGCUGGGAUUGCUACAGACCUCGUUCAUCCUCAGCUACAUGGUCCUCUCCCCCAUAUUUGGUUUCCUCGGUGAUCGAUGGAUCAGAAAAUACAUAAUGGCGGCUGGCAUUUUGUUCUGGUCAGCUGUAACACUAACAGGGUCCUUCAUGACGGUAGGUAAUUUCUGGGCAUUUUUGUUCAUACGAGCACUUGUGGGUAUUGGAGAAGCGAGUUACUCCACCAUUGCCCCCACCCUCAUCGCUGACCUGUUUGCUAAGGACAAGCGCACCCUGAUGUUAAUGCUUUACUUCGCCAUACCUGUAGGCAGUGGUAUGGGAUAUAUAUUAAGCUCCAGCAUAGCCAAGUGGACUGGACACUGGCAGUGGGCUCUCAGGGUGACCCCUAUAUUCGGGGUGAUCAGCGUAGUCUUGAUAAUGGUUGUGGUGCGAGAGCCUCAGAGAGGGCAAGCUGAGGGUGGUACCCAUAUCACCCACACAUCCUGGUGGACUGAUAUCAAGGCACUCUUACACAAUAAGAGUUUUAUUCUGUCCUCAUGCGGGUUUACCUGCGUGGCCUUUGUCACAGGAGCGCUGGCUUUCUGGGCGCCUUACUUUAUGAUGGAUGCCAUAGGUGUACAGAGUGGCCAAAAAGGGGAUGAGGCACGAGUUGGCCUGGUAUUCGGCGUGAUCACGUGUCUGGCAGGGUUUAUAGGAGUGGCGGUGGGCACCGAGUCGGCACGGAGACUGAAGAAGCGUAACCCACGUGCGGAUCCUCUCGUCUGUGCCUUCGGAAUGCUCAGCUGCACCCCCUUCCUGUAUUUUGCAAUUGUAGUCUCAAAAUAUAGUGAAGCAGUCACAUGGGUUUUAAUAUUCCUUGGGGAGACAAUGUUAUGUCUAAAUUGGGCUAUUGUAGCUGAUAUGUUACUGUAUGUGGUGCUGCCAACUCGUCGCUCAACAGCUGAGUCUUUUCAAAUCCUGAUGUCCCAUGCGUUAGGAGAUGCUGGGAGCCCUUACCUUAUUGGACAGAUAUCCACAAGUUUGUUGCCGAAUUACGCUCACAAGUCUGACGCUGUGGCUCAGUUCAUCUCACUCCAAUAUGCUCUGUUUAUCACCACAUUUGUCUGCGUCUUGGGAGGGGCGUUCUUCUUAGCCACUGCUCUGUUCAUCGACAAAGACAAAGCAAGGGUGGAAGCCGCUAUCAGAGAUGCGGCCAUGCAAGUCGAGAACAAUCAAGAACUUCCUGACAAGGCAGGUAACCUCAGUGGUGAAGACUUCGGCACCAGAAACAGGAAUGUGUUUGCAAAUUCUGCUCAACUUGCUAACCCUGUAGCAUAGAACACCAGGAAACAAGACCUGUGUGAAUUAGCCUACAGAAAUUUUGAACGUGCUACCAUGCCUUGGGGCAUUACCUUCACCAGGAAAAACCAAGGCAGAUGACAGCUAUCCCCAAGAGUUGUUGCCCUUGAUGCACUCUGGCUUCACACCAGGUGGACUUCAAGUUAUGUGUAAAAAUGUUAAAAUCAUCGACAGCUGUCAUUUGAAUCACAUGCCCUCAGAGUGAUCUAUCUUUAGAAAGCCAUUCUAACAAUAUAUGUACAUGUUUAAAAAAUAAAAACAAAACGAAAAAGCUUUUUUCUGUUUCUACAUCAGGUUUGCCCUGUUGCAGUUUGCACUUCUGCUGUCUGCAGUGAUACCAAAUGCUAGCAGAGUAAAAUCAUGACUGGUAGUGUUGACAUGUUGAUAUGUACACCACAAGCUGGAAAGCCCUGAGGUUCAGUGGAGUACACAACAGCCACGGAAUGUCUAAAGCAAAACGACUUGUUGACCUCUCGCAGAAUGUUGCUAUGACAAGUUAUGGCCCCUUUUAGUGGUAGAAUACUAGGAAAUUUCUGUCUUCAGCAUGAACAGGUGCUAGUUAAUAAUUAGAAAUGAAUUUAUGUACGAGUGUUUGUGAACUUAUUCGUCAACAGUAUCUGACACCUUGUCCACAUUUAAAUACACAUGUAUGUAGUGUUAAAAUGGCUAUGUAAAGGAAGAUCACUCUGAUAACCUGUGGUGAAAGAUUCUUUCCAAAGGAAUCACCCUAUGUAAGUGCUCACUAUGACAAAAAAAAAAUAUUUUUUUGUUGAUAUAAAUUUUAAGUUUGUCACAGAGUGUGAGAGCGUUGUAGUGACAGUCAGCAGUGUGUGUUAUCCAUUCACCAAAACAACACUCACUGAAAUGCCCCCAGAGCUCUGUUGAGAAAGUGCUACUUGUAUAUAGUCAUAUAGCCAUAUAAUCAAGUAUGUGGCCAAAGAUGUCGAUCCCUAACAAGUGGAUAAGCUGUAAGCUAUAGUUAAUUUAAAUACCACCAUUCCAUGCACAACUUUGAUUAAAGAUGUACAGAUGUACCAGGGAUUUAAAUACAUACUUUAUGGAAGUCUUGGUAACUUUGGUGAGAGAAUUUUAAUUACUUUGUGUGUGUUCUUGUUUUAAUAUCAUUCUUUCCUGAUCUCAUUGAAACUAUAACAGUAAUAAUUGACGCCAGAACUUUUCACCAAUGCGUUAGCUGAGUUGAUGAGCUGAUGCCGACUUCCUUUUUGGAUCGUCCAUGGGAAGACUUGCCAACAGCAGCCUGCGAGUUUCCUCCAUGAGUUUCCCCCAUGGGUUUCCUCUAUGCCUCCUCCCAAUCAAGGUGCACUAUUGGCUUUUCCUGGUCAGACAGACCAUGUGACUCGUAAAUUCCCGUUUACAGCAAUGCUCCAAUUUAUGUAUUUAUUUGAUUGAUUUUUUACGCCGUACGCAAGAAUAUUUCACUUAUAUGACAGUGGCCAGCAUUAUGGUGGGAUUAAACCCACGACCAUCCGUAGGUUGCUGACAGACCCUCCUACUUAUUAUAACAUCAAUGAGAUAAAUAAAGUAAAAUAAAUUGUGCCUAGCAUGCAUUUUUCGUCUUUAUAUUUUUCGUAUAAUGAAUUAUGCCAUUGAAAACUUGGUAAAGCCUUGAAAUUGAAAUAAACUUCUACCCACCUUGAAAAGCCUGGAAUUUUAUUGUUGCUUAUGGUUAGGCCUGGAAACAAUGUAUUGGAAAUAUUUACUAUCCAGCAGCUUUGAAUUUGUAUGUAUUUGAUGCACAGCUGUGUGCUGUGAAGGUUUAAUAAGGUCAUUAGCUUGCCUGUGCAAAGUACAGGUGCAGCUUAUGUUAUACUUGGGAGUUGGCCUUAGCUAAUAGCGCAUAGUGUAUUAGAAUCAGUGUUAAAGUAAAUUACGUGUCAUUUAUGCAUAUGAAUUACCUUCAGUGACAAAAUUCAUGACUUAAAGCAUUGUGUAUUGAUUUAUUUAUUUAUUUGAUUGGUGUUUUACGCCGUACUCAAGAAUACAUUGUGUAUUGUAAUGGGUGUUAAAAUAAAUGUUAGGCUGGGGUGGUAUCUCAAAAAGUUCUGCAUGUAUUGAGGUCAGGUGCAAUAGCACAAGGAUGAUGUUCCAUCGUUGAUGUGCUGUGUGCAUAUUAAACAGUACAAAUUCCUGAAUUGCUGACUUAGUGUAUUCUGUAUUAGAACACAUGUAGAGCACAAUAACAUGAGGGGGGUGUUGCAUUGUUGAUA